AUGCUUCACAGUUUGAUGUUAUUCCUAGUUGUUCUUUUUGUCAGGUAAAUAUCUUACUGUAGGUGAAUAUCUUACUGUAGUACUGUACUAUACUAAAAAAUAUAUAUAGUUUUUUUUUCCAUGAAAAAAAAUCCGUAUGUAAUACGUAAUACAAAUCCCCCAAAUCUGGUCACUACUAGCUACAUUUUUCCUAUUUUUUUUCACUUUUUCAUCUAAAAAGGGACAAAACUAAAAAUAAAACAAAAAAAAGAGUUACCGGAAGUUAUUCUAAUCUAAAUAUAUUUUCAGUGUUCUGUCUCAACCGAUGGAUAAAAAAUCGGAUAUGAGUGGUUUUGCAUCAGCACUCAACAAUGCUGGACGACUUCGAUAUGGAAAACGAUCAUCUUGGGAUAUCGAACAACCCGAUGCCGCAGAAUUUGAAUCCUACGAUUCAUAUUAUCCAGAACUGUAGGUUUAAAAACAUACCCCCAACAAACUAUAGUCUAGUCUAUUGCAGUCUUAAACGUGGUCUCAACACCGAUUCACUUGUUGCAUCGUUGAAAGGAGCAGAGCGAUUACGAUUUGGUAGAAAAUAG